GACCGAGGAGGAAGAAAUUGACCAUCUAGGACAGCAUGUGUCGUUAAGCCUAGGACGAGACAUAAUGGUCAUUGUAGCCGCAAGCCGGUCUUGGAAGAAGACCUGGGAUGUGAUGAUGAGGAAGUACCUAGCGGCAGAGAAAAUGGCAACGGAGGCCGACCUAGCGGCAGUGAAAAUGGCAACAGAGGCCGACCUAGCGGCAGUUGAGAGGAAGAACUUCGCAACGUACAAUGAUUUCUUACGGGAAUUUACUCUAGUAGCACUAAGGAUUCCCGGGGUCACGGACCGGAUAAUGAGCAAAUAUUUCCUCAGGCAGUUCUCCGAGUUCGACAAAGACGAGAUCCUCUCAGCUCACCAACAGACGAGCAAGUUCGUAAACACGCGGGAUGUUGAUUUUAACACGGUAACGGAUCUGGCUAAGAAAACGGUAGUAACGAAAACGUUGGCCUUGCUCAACGAAGGGGAAAUCAUAGAUCUGACCGGUAGAACGGGCGACAAGGUAAAGAAGGGGAUUGAAAGUCUACAUGAGCGGGUGCACGGGGUCGACAAUAAAAUUGAAAGGAUGGAGGGCGCGCUACUGGUUAUGCAGGCGCAAGUAUCCCGACCCGCCCUCCCUCCCCAGGAAGCUGUGCUUCCGCCAGGUGUAGCCGAUCGGGGAUUCGGACGGAGAGAUCCUGCUAACGAGAAAUGCAAGUACUGUACCGCGAUGGGACAUUAUGUGCGCGCGUUCCCAAAGCUCAACCAUGAUAUUCUGAAAAGAAGGUGUACCAGGUCAUUAAAGGGGGAAAUAUUUGGACCACAAGGGGAACGGGUGAACUGGAACUCGCCAGGAGGGAUGUGGCGAGCCAUUAUCAUGCUCAACGGGUUAGAAAUAACGACCAUAGAAGCCGAACCGGUGGGCGAGAUCAUCUGGGAUCAACUCCGGGGGCGCGGGCCGCAGGUCAACUUUAUUUUGGAAAACGACGGACGUGAUAGGGUGAACGCAACCACUCGACUAGGAACGACUGGGAGAAGGAUUAACCGUGACACCGUGAUAGAGGAGGUUGCUGGAAGUUCGGAACCCCAGGCAGAGCCUGAGGCCGAGGAAUCGGAAAUGGUCUAUGGGAAACCUAGGGAAGAGAAGCCUACAGACAAAGUUACCGCUGCCAAGAAGAAGUUUAUGUACCAAAUCCCGAUCUUAUCCUUGCCUGAGAUCGACAACACCAUUAGCAAGUUACUAGGAACCAUGGUGUCGGUGUCUUUUCAAACCAUGCUGCAGGCUAGCCCUAGGUUGCUCAAAGGGCUUAGACAACUGUUGACUCGGCGGCGAGUAGAAAUAGGCGACAACCCCAUAUUACCAGAAGGGGAGAGGGAGGAGGAAGCUCCGCAAGAAGUGGCUAACCUUCAGAGGAGUCACGGGGACUUGGAGGAUCUCGAGAAAGCUUUUGCGGACAUUCGUUUGAGUUUGCCCGACCGAGAGGGCGGCGAGGUCAUGAGGUCACCACCCGGGACAAAGCUUAGCUUUCAUGCACUGCCCAUAGGGAAGCUGAAAAUCCAGAUCGGGACUCAUCAUACCGACACAUUAGUAGACGGGGGAGCAGAAAUCACUCUCAUAAGAAGAGAUUUCGCAACGAUCACGGGAUGUACGGUAAACAAGGAAGUAACAGGGAGCAUCCGGGGAGCUGGCAGGGAAAUCCCGUUCCCUGGGUAUGUCACGAAGUGUGCUGUAAAGGCAGGAGUCAGGGAAUUGAUCUGGUCGUUUCAGCGGAUGACCGUAAUGGAGGAAAUUGACCACGACAUAAUCCUCGGGAGACCGUGGUGCGCGAACGUGGAGAUGAUAGGCAUGCACUUGCACGAUGGCUCAUACAUGGUAGACAUAGAGGACCCAGUGACCGGCUGGGGAGAGCUCCUCCGACUCCUUGGAAUGGGAGGAGACCCCCCGAAGAGGAAAUUGGCAACAUGGUCACCGUCGUUCGAGGAUAGCACGCGAAAAGGGGCUUUCGCACAGAUGGAGGGUAUGAGAGAAAGGGUAGAAAUCAUGAUUGAGGAAGCAUUCAACAAGAAGGAGUGGAUCAAGAUGGGCCUGCCCCAGAAGAAGAGGAGGCAGGAGGACGAAGUCCUAGGUGUUAUGGUAGCAGAAAAGGAGUCAGAAGUCGAACUUGGUGCUAGCCUGCCUAGAAGGAAAGAAGUACGCAUAGACGUGUCAGAAGUCGCACUCGAGAUCUCCGAUCUGUUACAACUCAUCAAGGCUCUCAGAUGCCACAAGGUAGGAGUGGACUCAACAGCCUUGGCCAAUUUCGAAGGAGAGGUGCAAAAGGGAUAUUGCCUGAAUGGGAAACUAGUUAGUAUUCAACCACGAGUCGUAGAGGCGACGAAGGCAAUUCCGACUGUUCACUUUUUAGGAGAAAGAUCCCGAAAGGAAAUGUUCGAAAGUACAAGCCGGUAGGGAAGAAAGCAAAAUCGUUAUCAAUCCUGCUAGAGACAUC